GUUAAAAAAAGAAUGACGGGUUUAGCACUUGGUCAAUUAUUAUCAGUAAUGAUUGCAGGUACAGCUAUUUUCAGUCAAUUGUUGGUUGUGCAUUAUGGUGUUAACAUUCCAACAUCUCAAAGUCUUUUAAACUAUCUUUUACUUUGUGUCUAUUUAAUUGUUUUAGCAAAAAGAGGCGUACUUUGGGAAACUAUCAAAACAAAGAGUAUAUACUUUGCUCCGUUAGCUUUAGUCGAUAUGGAAGCAAACUAUAUCGUUGUUAAAGCCUACCAAUAUACAACUAUAACAAGUGUUAUGCUUUUAGAUUGCUUCACCAUUCCAUGUGUAGUGGUAUUAUCAAGAAUUUUCUUAAAGACUAGAUUUACUUUUGUUCAUAUAUCCGCUGUCGUUUUAGCUAUUGCUGGUAUGGUCAUACUUGUAGUCUCUGAUCUUCUUCAAGGUGAAUCUGCUAAUGGUGGUAGCAAUCCUUUAUUGGGCGACUUUUUAAGUUUAGCUUCCUCAGUCUGUUAUGCCAUAUCUAAUGUAGGUCAAGAAGCUACUGUAAAAAAGUUUGACCGUAUUUCUUAUCUCGCUAUGAUUGGGUUAUAUGGCUCCAUUUUCUGUGGUAUUCAAAUGGCAAUUUUAGAAAGAAAUGAAUUGGCAACCAUGCAUUGGAAUGGUGAAAUCGUUGGCUAUAUUGUUGGUUUUGCAGUUUGUCUUUUCAUUAUGUAUUCGUUUGCACCAAUGAUGAUGGAAAUUGCCGGUGCCACCGUUAUGAACCUUUCAUUAUUAACAUCAGAUAUCUUUGGUAUUAUUGCUGCCAUCUUUUUAUUUGACAGAAGUUUAUCUUGGUUAUAUUUCUUAUCAUUCUUUGUAAUUUGCUCAGCUCUGGUAAUAUACAAUCUUGCAUCUCCUCAUGCCAAAGAUUCCGAA